GGCAAAAUAUGUACCGGGAAUGAGUAUACUUUCAAAGGCAAAUGUUAUGUAUAAUAUCAAUGUAGGUAGAUUUAGAAAAAUAUCGGAAACAUCAAUCUUUUGCCACACAUUCAAAAUAAUGAUGGAUGACAGACAGAUAAAACAAGCUUGCAGAUAACUUCCUACUUACAUCUUGUAUUGUCGCAAAAUUAUAUAUUUAAUCAAGAUGAAUUUUUAUUGUUUAAAUAUUUUUGCUAUAGUAAUUUCUUAUUCAUCGGCCCUGAUGGAGGAAGGUUAUGUGACUUUCGAUUUUGAUUUUGAUCCUGAGAAGGAUGCUGACACUGUCUACAAGAACUUCACAAAAUCGAUGUAUCAAGGCUCAGACAUAAUGUUUACAAUCGAUUGCAAAGGAAACGACACAGAUUUUCUUCUCAGUGUGCUAUUAUUUUCACAGCCAUGCCAUGAAAAAGAUGUUUCAGUAAUGGGACUUACCCAGCAAAUAUUCGAAUUAAGCUCAAAGUGUCAAGAAAAGCUUGUGCUUCAAAAAGAUGAACUUAAAAAACUUGUUGUUAAAAAGUUAGAUAUCUCGGACAGUACACCACCAGAUGCUAUACCCAAUGAACCAAUAAAGCCUAACACAGUAACACCAACACAACAGACAAAGACAACUGCCAAUAACAGAAAGAAAAAAAGUUUACAGGAGCAUAUAAUUGUGAAAAGAGCAAACCAAGCUAAAAAAGUAACAACAAACAGACCAAUAGCAGCAAAGAAACUACCAACAAACAGACCAAUACCAGCAAAGAAAAGAAAACAAAGCAGACCAACAGCAUCAGUGACAAGAAAAACUACGAAAACGCAGACAACAAAACUUAGAAUAGUGACCAUGAGUGAAAAUGCAGCAAAAAAUGUGAUCACUAACAAACCUGUAACUGCAGCACAUAAUGUACCUGUUGGGGCCAAUGUAUUGCCAAAAACAGAAUUCAAAGCUAUAUAUACAUUAAGACUUGGUUUCUCUGGUGAAACUAAAAUGAAAUUUCAUGUUAAAAUUGAGUCAAAACAUAAAGGAUCAUAUCUGUCAGCUAUCAACUAUCCUCUUCUGCCGUUCUUUGGUAUAAUGUCAUUGGUGUAUCUUGCAUUUGCUAUUGGGUGGUUUGUUGUAUCGUGUUGUAAUUGGAGAGAUUUACUUCGAGUCCAGUUUUGGAUUGGAGCAGUUAUUGCAUUGGGAAUGUUCGAAAAUGCUUUGUUUUAUACCGAAUAUAGAAAUAUCAGUAGCUCUGGCUCAGAAAAUGGGUUGCUUUAUUUUGCUGAGAUAGUAUCUUGUAUUAAGCGUGCUCUUGCACGGAUACUUGUGGUCAUUGUCAGUCUUGGUUUUGGCAUUGUAAAGCCACGACUUGGUGAGACGUUACACAAAGUAUUAGCUAUGGGUGGUUUAUAUUUUCUGCUAGCUGCAAUCGAAGGAUGUAUACGCGUGCAUGAUAGUAGUAAAUUAGUUUCAAAAACACAACUCUACGCGCUGGUCCCUCUCACUGCGUUAGAUGUCGCCUUAUGUUGGUGGGUAUUCACAGCCUUGGUGCAAACCACACGUACACUUCGUAUAAGAAAGAACAUUGUUAAAUUGACAUUGUAUCGACACUUUACAAAUACUCUCAUUUUUUCUGUCGUAGCCUCGCUUGCAUAUAUGAUUUGGAUGAUCAAGCAAAGCCGGUUUACUGAUUGUAUUGAUGUUUCAACGAUAUGGAUGAACGAUGCAUUGUGGCCAUUUUUAUUUGCAAUUAUUCUACUUGUCAUUAUGGUGUUGUGGAGGCCUAGCAUCAACAACCAAAGAUACGCUUUCACACCGCUUGACGCAGGUGACAGUGAUGGAGAUGAUGAUAUGACAUUGUCUGAUGCUUUUGAGGGUAUGAAAAUGAGGAACAAAUCCGACAGUCACAUAAAUGGAAACGUCACAAAGAACCGAAAUAAAGCCGAUGAUGAUUUAAAAUGGGUAGAAGAAAAUAUACCAUCCGUUCCCUCCACGCUGCUUCCUACCAUUGACUCAGAUGAGGAAAUCAUAAUGACGAAAUUUGAAACUUCAAAGAUGGAUUAAUAAAUGUUUACUUUCAAAUGGAACAUAUUACUUGAAGUUGGAAUUAUCGUUUUUGUGUGAUGUCAGAUUAAAUUUUUGGGGUGUGAAAAUUCCAAUCUGUUUAGCAUUCGUUAAGGACUGGAUGAAGAAGACAAAAACUCGAUAAUACAAUAAUAUUUAUUUAAAAUAUGGGAUAUUAUUGGUUUUUAGUAUAAAAUGUUUGUUUCUUAGUUGUUAGUUUUCCCUUCAUUAUCUGUUUUUAUAUUUAGAAGAUUUCAUAUGUUUGCAUGCCAGAAGUUGUUGAAUUUAGUCAGCUGUUAAUCAGCUGUUAGUCAGCUGUUAGUUGAAAUAAUGAACUAUAUACACGUGCUUGCAUUUUUUAAGCAAGGUACAAACCAUCUUGAGAAUGUUGUUCUUUUGUGAAGCAAGUGUUUAUUGAAACAUGUUUGCUAUGCAUUGUACACCCAGAACUUCAAGUCACGUGUGAUGUUCUUAAACUAAAUUCUUAUAAAGGUCGUGUAAAAACCAACUUUUUCUCUCUCCUUCGUAGAAAAAUUGCAAGUACCUAAAUUUCAAAAAUAGUCCUGUAUUUUGUUGUUGUAUAUGCUUCAUCUUAACCUUUUAACAUGUUACAUUUUAUAAUGUACCUAUAUUCCAGUCUAAAUGUAGACCACGAUUCCAUCUUACGGUGUAAAGCUCGCCUUGUUUUUUUGUCUAAAAAUGGACCGUGCCCCUUUUCUUCGGUGUAAAGCUAGACCAUGUUUUUGGUUAUUCACGAUGUAUAAUAAAACAUUGUAAUUUUUUUGGUUUACGAUGAUUUUUGGUUAACUAAGUUUUUUUCUUA